AUGAUUAGUACCAGAGAAAUUUUUACUAUUCCUCACAAUAUGGGUGAUAAAUUCGCAGCAAUUUCACUAAAAAUAAAGAUUUAUGAACAAUUGCAAGAAUGGGAAAUAAUUUUUGAUAAGGGUCAAGAAAAUUUAAAUGAAGAACAAAUUAAAUUAAAAAACGCAUUUUUAGAAGCAGACAAAAUUAUUCCUACACAAGAAUAUCAAGAUUCUUCAUAUAUUCGUCAACCUAUUAGCACUGAGCUAAUAAAUACUAUAGUAAAUAUAAAUUAA